ACUGCUGCAUCCUGUUGUGGUCCAGUAACCACCAUCGCCAUCGUAAGCCCAUCGCCACUCUGCCAAUUCUCGGUAGGGCUGUGGUUGUAUUAUAGUCACACAAGUUCCCCUGACUUUAUUUGAGCCGCUACAGCUGGUAGGAAUACCAUAGCUACAGGGACACACCUCCCGUCUUCAUCUCAAUUCCUCACCACGAAGCAGAAACUACUCUGCCAUUCCCGGAACCAGCUCUUCCGCCUUCUCCAAGCUCUACUGGAGCGUGCCAUUCCUUCUCCGCAAUCAUGGCUCGCCUCGGGCGACUCGGCUUUCUAGCCGUCGGUGUUGUCUUUCACUUGAUCUACAUUUACUCCAUCUUCGACAUUUAUUUUGUCUCUCCGAUAGUGUCGGGCAUGCGGCCGCAUCACGUCGAUGCGCCGGCACCCGCAAAGCGCCUGUUCCUCGUUGUCGGUGAUGGCCUUCGCGCCGACAAGUGCUUCCAGCAGCACAUCGAUCCCGACGAGCCCUCGCAGACCCGGUAUCUCGCGCCCUUCAUCCGCGACAAAGUCCUGAACGAGGGAACAUUCGGCGUAUCGCACACGCGCGUCCCCACCGAGUCCCGGCCCGGCCAUGUAGCGCUCAUUGCCGGCCUCUACGAAGACGUCUCGGCGGUGACGACGGGAUGGAAAGUCAACCCGGUCAACUUCGACUCGGUCUUCAACGAGUCGCGCCAUACGUGGUCGUGGGGCUCGCCCGAUAUCUUGCCCAUGUUCCAGCUUGGCGCUUCGGACAAGUCGCGGGUCGACGCUUGGACGUAUGACGAGGAGAUGGAGGACUUUACGCAGGAUGCUACAAACCUCGAUAUCUGGGUCUUCGACCGGGUCAAGGCGUUCUUUGAGGAUGCGCGCAGGGAUUCCGAGUUGGCAGACCUGCUGCAGAAGGAUAAGUUGGUGUUUUUCUUGCAUCUGCUGGGAUUGGACACCACCGGACACUCGUACAGACCAUACAGCCCCGAGUACUUGAAGAAUAUCAAGGUGGUGGAUCAGGGCCUGAAGGAGGUGCAUACGCUGGUGGAGGAAUUCUAUGGACAUGAUGGCAAGACGGCGUGGGUGUUUACUGCGGACCACGGUAUGAGUGAUUGGGGAUCGCACGGCGACGGACAUCCGGACAACACACGGACGCCUCUGGUCGCCUGGGGAGCUGGUGUCAAGAAGCCGGAAAGUACGCUGAGCCUUCCUGCCGGAGAGAAGAACGGACACGAGGAUGGGUUCUCGGGAGACUGGGGCCUGGGAAGUGUCCUUCGACACGACGUAGCGCAGGCUGAUGUGGCGGCGCUGAUGGCGUACCUUGUCGGCCUGGACUUCCCGGUCAACUCUGUUGGAGAGCUGCCGCUGGACUUCUUGGAUGCAGAUGACGAGACUAAGGCGAAGGCUGCGUUGACAAACGCGAAACAGAUCCUGGAAAUGUACAGUGUCAAAGAGGCGCAGAAAAAGGCCACCCACAUCAAUUACAAGCCAUACGCACCUCUGGCCAACCUCCUGGAGCAGUUCGCUGAGAUCGAAGGCCUUCUCGAGGAUGGUGCUUACGAACUUACCAUUAAGAAGUCCAUGAGACUGAUUAAGACCGGUCUCGAGGGCCUCCGCUACCUCCAAACCUACGAUUGGCUCCUCCUACGCACAAUCGUGACGCUCGGCUAUCUCGGCUGGAUGGCAUUCGCCCUCACUACCGUUCUCGACUCCCACAUUGUCGAUGGCACCGCUGAAGCUGAUCGCACUCCGGUGUCCACCUUCCUGUUUUCGGGAGUCCUAGUGGGCUUGUAUACCCUCUUCUUUAUUCAGAAGUCGCGCCCAACAUACUACGCAUAUGCCCUCUUCCCCGUUGUCUUCUGGGAAGAGGUCUUCGUCCGGCGCAGGUCGGUCGUCAGGGGUGUAGCACAGCUUGUGCGCGAAGUGCCCGGCGGAACGAGCAAAUACCUGGGACUGGCAGUGCAGGCGGUGAUGGGUGUGGCUUUGUUGGAGGCGAUUGUUCUCGGGUAUUUCCACCGUGAGGUAUUUUCGGUUUGCUUCAUACUUGCGGCCUUCUGGCCGAUGAUGUAUGGUGCGGCGUUCAUGAAGACCAACAAGCUGCUGUGCACCCUAUGGCCAGUGUGCUGUUUUCUCAUGAGUACUUUCACUUUGCUUCCAGUCGUCAAGACUGAGAGUGAAACUCAGAUACUCCUCGGCGGCGGCAUAAUGUUCUUCAUGGGCGUUGCGUACAUGAUUUUCGGCACCACCAUUUCCGACGGUGUACCGAAGGGGCAAACUCUCGGCGCAACUAUCCUCGCGAAUUAUAGCCGCGACGUUAUCUCCAAGUCAAUCGUCGGAGCUCAAGUGGGACUGAUCGCCCUUUCCAUGAUCGUCACUUCCUCCUCUCUGCGGAGCCUGCAACAAAAGCAAGGCCUCCCACUCGGGAACCAAGUCCUGGGCUGGAGUAUCCUCGUCCUCUCCCUCACCAUCCCUCUCCUCCAUGCCCUCCAACCGAACCCCCACUACUUCCACCGCCUGGCGGUAUUAUUCCUCACCUUUGCGCCGAUCUUUGUCAUCCUCAGCAUCUCCUACGAGGGCCUCUUCUACAUCGUCUUCGCGAGCACGCUGCACCUCUGGAUCUCGCUCGAGUCGCUCCUCUCAUCCUCCACCCCCAACACCACGCAGCCCCGCGCCCUAAAACUAGCCGACCUCCGUCUCUCCCUAGCACUCACGCUGUUCCUGCAAUCCGCCUUCUUCAGCACGGGCAACAUCGCCUCGAUCAGCUCCUUCAGCCUUGACAGCGUCUACCGGCUGCUGCCGAUCUUCUCCCCCUUCGCAAUGGGAGCGCUGCUGAUCCUAAAGCUGCUCAUCCCGUUCGCGCUCAUCUCCGCCAACCUAGCGGUGCUCAAUCGCCGCGCCGGACUCGGCGGUAGCGCGGUGUUCAUGUGCGUCACUGCCCUGAGCGACGUCCUCACCCUCAACUUCUUCUGGCUCGUCAGGGAUGAGGGUAGCUGGCUGGAGAUUGGAACGGGGAUUUCGCACUUUUGUAUAGGUGGUGCACUGGGCGUGUUCCUGGCUGGGCUCGAGGGACUCGGUACUUGGUGGGGGAAGGGUGUGCAGGUACAUGUUCCUGCUGCCGCUGCCCCGGCACUGGAAAGUAAGGCGGAGCGGAAGGAGAUGUAAUGAUGUGGGAUAAGUGAUGCAUGAUAGAUUUUUGGAUUGGAUUGUGGGCAAGGAUAUACUCUUGUAUUUCUAUGUAGAUGCUUUACUUGGAUGGAUGGAUGGAUGGAUUUG